CCGGCGGCGGCCGCGGUCCCGGGGGGCGGCUGAGGGGGGCCGGGCCGGGGCUGCGGGGCGAGCGACGCGGCGGGUAGCCGGCGGCGGCCCGGGACAGCGAGGCUGGGCACGGCGAUGGCGGCGCGCUCGGCGCAGACAGAGCUGUGACCUGGCCCUGCUCUCUGCUGACAAGCUGGCCCACCAUGGCGAGCCCCACUCUGAGCCCUGACUCCUCGUCCCAGGAGGCCCUGUCAGCCCCCACCUGCUCCCCCACCUCUGACUCUGAGAACCUCAGCCCCGAUGAGCUGGAGCUGCUGGCCAAACUUGAAGAGCAGAACCGGCUCCUGGAGGCCGACUCCAAGUCCAUGCGCUCCAUGAACGGCUCCCGGCGGAACAGCGGCUCCUCGCUGGUGUCCAGCUCCUCGGCCUCCUCCAACCUGAGCCACCUGGAGGAGGACACGUGGAUCCUGUGGGGCCGGAUCGCCAACGAGUGGGAGGAGUGGAGACGCAAGAAGGAGAAGCUGAUCAAGGAGCUGAUCCGCAAGGGCAUCCCGCACCACUUCCGGGCCAUCGUGUGGCAGCUGCUGUGCAGCGCUACGGACAUGCCGGUCAAGAACCAGUACUCAGAGCUGCUCAAGAUGUCCUCGCCCUGCGAGAAGCUCAUCCGCAGGGACAUUGCCCGCACCUACCCUGAGCACGAGUUCUUCAAGGGCCAGGACAGCCUGGGCCAGGAGGUCCUCUUCAAUGUCAUGAAGGCGUACUCGCUGGUGGACCGGGAAGUGGGUUACUGCCAGGGCAGCGCCUUCAUCGUGGGCCUGCUCCUCAUGCAGAUGCCCGAGGAGGAGGCCUUCUGUGUGUUCGUGCGGCUGAUGCAGGAGUACCGCCUCCGGGAGCUCUUCAAGCCCAGCAUGGCCGAGCUGGGGCUCUGCAUCUACCAGUUCGAGUACAUGUUGCAGGAGCAGCUCCCGGACUUGAACACCCACUUCCGCGCCCAGAGCUUCCACACGUCCAUGUAUGCCUCAUCCUGGUUCCUCACGCUAUUCCUGACCACCUUCCCGCUGCCCGUCGCCACCCGUGUCUUCGAUAUCUUCAUGUACGAGGGCCUGGAGAUUGUGUUCCGGGUGGGCCUCACCCUUCUUCAGGUGAACCAGACAGAGCUGAUGCAGCUGGACAUGGAGGGCAUGUCCCAGUACUUUCAGAGGGUGAUUCCGCACCAGUUCGACAGCUGCCCGGACAAGCUGAUCCUCAAGGCGUACCAGGUCAAGUACAACCCCAAGAAGAUGAAGAGGCUGGAGAAGGAGUACGCGGCCAUGAAGAGCAAGGAGAUGGAGGAGCAGAUCGAGAUCAAGAGGCUUCGGACGGAGAACCGGCUCCUGAAACAGCGGAUAGAGACCUUGGAGAAGGAGAGCGCUGCUCUGGCUGAUAGGUUAAUCCAGGGGCAGGUGACACGGGCGCAGGAGGCCGAGGAGAACUACGUCAUCAAGCGGGAGCUGGCGGUGGUACGGCAGCAGUGCAGCUCGGCGGCCGAGGACCUGCAGAGGGCGCAGACCACCAUCCGGCAGCUGCAGGAGCGGCAGGACAACCCGCGCCUCACAGAAGACUUCGUGGCCCACCUGGAGACCGAGCUGGAACAGUCACGGCUGCGGGAGACGGAGACCCUGGGGGCCCUGCGGGAGAUGCAGGACAAGGUCCUAGACAUGGAGAAGAGGAACAGCUCGCUGCCUGACGAGAACAACGUGGCGCAGCUGCAGGAGGAACUGAAGGCACUCAAGGUGCGGGAGGGCGAGGCGGUGGCCUCCGCGCGGGAGCUGAAGCUGCAGCUGCAGGAGCUGUCGGACACCUGGCAGGCCCAUCUGUCCCGCGGCGGCCGCUGGAAGGAGUCCCCGCGGAAGAUGGCACUGGGCGAGCUGCAGGACGAGCUGAUGAGCGUGCGUCUGCGCGAGGCCCAGGCGCUGGCCGAGGGCCGCGAGCUGCGGCAGCGCGUGGUGGAGCUGGAGACACAGGACCACAUCCACCGGAACCUGCUGGACCGUGUGGAGGCGGAGCGCGCUGCGCUGCAGGAGAAGCUGCAGUACCUGGCGGCGCAGAACAAGGGGCUGCAGACGCAGCUCAGCGAAAGCCGCCGCAAGCAGGCGGAGGCAGAGUGCAAGAGCAAGGAGGAAGUGAUGGCCGUGCGCCUGAGGGAGGCGGACAGCAUGGCGGCGGUGGCCGAGAUGCGCCAGCGCAUCGCCGAGCUGGAGAUCCAGAGGGAGGAGGGCCGCAUCCAGGGCCAGCUGAACCACUCGGACUCCUCGCAGUACAUCCGCGAGCUCAAGGACCAGAUCGAGGAGCUGAAGGCCGAGGUGCGGCUGCUGAAGGGUCCGCCGCCCUUCGAGGACCCGCUGGCCUUCGACGGGCUCAGCCUGGCGCGGCACCUGGACGAAGACUCGCUGCCAUCGUCCGACGAGGAGCUGCUGGGCGUGGGCGUGGGCGCGGCGCUGCAGGACGCACUCUACCCGCUGUCCCCGCGCGACGCGCGCUUCUUCCGCCAUCUGGAGCGGCCGGCCAAGGACAGCGAGGGCAGCUCCGACAGCGACGCCGACGAGCUGGCUGCUCCCUAUAGUCAGGGCCUGGACAACUGAGGCCGUGCCCGCGCCCGGAGCCAGGGGCCGCUGCCUGUUCGUCCACGGGCUGCUGGACUGCAGAAACUGACGCCCACCCGAGGGCCCAGCGCAGCGGGGUGAGAGGGUAGGGCCGGAGGCUGAGGAUCACAGGGUCCCGGCAGGCCGCCCCUCCCCAGCAGUGUUCACACGUCUUGGUUCGUACCCCUCCGGGCCCAGUUACCUGGGGGGGGGGUGCCCCUCUUAGCAGCCAGGGCAGGGGACAACCCAGAGGUCCCGGGACUGGAUGAGCAGGAAGCUCCCUCCUUCCAGCAGUUCUGGGACAAGGGCGGCCAGGCCCGUAAGGGCCUAGGAGGUAGAGGAGGCCUGAGGAAGAAGGGCAGCUCCAAGCUGGGCUGUACCUCCCACCAUGCUCCUGGGGACCCUGGCCGCAGGGGACACACGGCCAGGCUGGGCUUUCCUGCCUGGUGCAGGCAUUGUGGCCCCUGCAGCAGAAACCAAAGCCCCCCUACUGUGUGCAAGGCACCAGGGUGUGCGCGGCUGGUGGGAACCAGCCCAGGCCAGGGCAGCGACUGUCUCUGCUUCUGGGGCCCAGAGCAGCUGCGAGGAAGUGAAGACAUCCCCUCUCCCCAGCGCCCCACAUCUUCCUCUGUGAGAUGCCCCCGUCGCACCGUCUUGGCCAGCGAUGGAAGGGCUCCCUGACCCAGGCUAGCCUCUCUGCAGGGGCCCUCAGCCCCCGCUCCCCUUCCUGUGCCCCUAGCCUCGCUCUCCAGCCAGGGUCAGGGCCAAGCCCAGGGAAGGAGGCUCCCCCAGGGAGCUGCCUGCCCUCGCCUGCCCCUGCUGGCCCUGGGGCCUCUAUGGAGUCAGAGCUGAGAACGGUGCCAAAGUCCAGCGAUGUCCCCAAACCCCCACCCCCACCCCCGCCUCGUGACCCCCGGGGCUGACCCCUGGUGCUCCUGAAGCCUCGAGCAGCAGCGCCACAAGCAGUCUCCAUGGCGCCCCCUGGGGUGGGGACCCAUGCUCAGCCCCCCUUCCUGGUCACCCACUCCUCAGUGUUACAAUGUCUGGAGACCAGAGUGGGCAUCUUGGGGCUCUCCUAUGUGCUCCCACACUGCCCACCACCAUUUUGCACACUGCCUGUUCACACUCCACAUGUUGCCCAGGUGGGAAAGACGGAAAAUAAAGUGUAUUUACACAGUCACAGAUAA